AUGCCUGGAAGGCCUAGUGUGAAACGGAAGAGGCACGUGUCCGAGAAGAAUGAUAAGUAUGCCACUAGUCGAGUGAUAACAUGUAAAAAUUGUUUUGAAAUUGGACACAAUAUCAGAUCAUGUAAAAAUCCGAAACAGGUACUCCCACCACAAGAAACAAAGAGAAAGGGUAGGCCAAGGACUGUUGAUGAAUCUGAGAGACGUUCAAGGAAAAGUAGGUCAAGUAGAGGGGCAAAAGGAGGGGGGAUAGGAAGGGCAAGAGGAAGUCUUGGAAACAACGUGCAAGAAGAAACACAACAAAUGCUUGUGCAAGAAAUGCAACAAACUAAAGAAACCAUGGAACAAGUUCUUGAGACACAAGCUGAUGUUGAUGCUGAAAUGGUACAUGAGACUCAAAGCAUCAAAGAUUUAAGGGAAAGUGGAUACACCGAAGAUGAGAUUGCUAGAUGUGUUGCAGCUGAGCAUACUGAAGAUGAUGAAGAGGAAGGAAUAGACGAAACACAACCACAAGUUACAAUAAAAAAACGAAGGCCAUCUGAGAGGAUAGCCAAACUUGGAAAGAAAAUUGAUGGAUUAGGGUCUGCAUCAGAAAAUCCUUUAGCAAUUGAAUAG